UUCACGGGACAGCGAGCGAGUCUCCUCCCACUCGAGUGGCAUAUUGGUGAGAAAAAGCCUCGUUUGUUUCACAGGAAGAAGUUGAAAACAUGAAGAAACGCGACAGUUAGACGAUUCACAACUCAAAAGUCACGGGCUCAGCAGCACAUCUCUUCUCCGGACGGCUGGAUUACAAUGUGUUACUGUCAAAGCGACGAAACAAGUGGCUUGAGACACUGAGUCGACUGGACACAUUGCACUGGAUCAGAGGGGUUAAAGUAUCGUAAAAAUCUACUGAAACGUUUGCAGAUAUGUCGGAACACAGGUCCUGUUUCCUUCACAUUGGGGAUAUCGUGUCUCUGUAUGCUGAGGGAACUGUCAAUGGAUUUAUCAGCACUUUAGGGUUGGUGGAUGACAGAUGUGUGGUGCAACCAGGGGUUGGGGAUCUUACAAACCCACCGAAAAAAUUCAGAGAUUGUCUCUUCAAGGUGUGUCCUAUGAAUAGGUACUCUGCACAGAGACAGUUCUGGAAGGCGAAACAGGGGAAACAUGGGAACAACACACAGGGAGAUCUCUUCAAGAAAUUACAGCAUGCAGCGGAACUGGAGCAAAAACAAAAUGACACUGAGAACAAGAAAUUGUUGGGAGAGGUUGUCAAAUAUAGUCGGGUUAUACAGCUUCUCCAUAUUAAGAGUAAUAAGUACCUGACAGUGAAUAAGCGUCUUCCGGCCCUGCUGGAGAAGAACGCCAUGCGUGUCUCUCUGGACCCUUCAGGAAACGAGGGCUCCUGGUUCUACAUCCAGCCUUUUUGGAAGCUACGCAGCGAAGGAGACAAUGUGGUGGUUGGAGAUAAAGUGGUUCUAAUGCCUGUAAACGCAGGGCAGCCUCUCCACGCCAGCAACAUCGAACUCCUGGAUAACCGUGGCUGCAAAGAGGUUAACGCUUUGAACUGCAACACCAGUUGGAAGGUCACUCUUUUCAUGAAAUUCAGUGAAUACAGAGAUGACAUAUUAAAAGGGGGGGAUGUGGUGAGGUUGUUUCAUGCCGAGCAAGAAAAGUUUCUUACUUGUGAUGAGUACAAAAAGCAACAGUAUGUCUUCUUAAGAACCACUCUCCGCCAAUCCGCAACCUCCGCCACCAGUUCAAAAGCACUAUGGGAAGUGGAGGUUGUCCACUAUGACCCCUGCAGAGGAGGAGCCGGCCAGUGGAACAGCCUGUUUCGCUUCAAACACCUCGCCACAGGACACUACCUUGCGGCAGAGGUGAAUCCUGAUUUCAAAGAUCGUACCGACAGUAUCAGCACCAAAAACGAGGUGAAUCCUGAUUUCAAAGAUCGUACCGACAGUAUCAGCACCAAAAACGAGACCAACACAGACACUUUGUACUCUAAAAAGAAGUGGCAGGCUGACAAGAUCCCCUACACCCUUGUUGCAGUGCCCCAUGGCAAUGACAUUGCCUCUCUUUUUGAACUGGAUGCCACCACCUUACAGCGGGCAGACUGCCUAGUUCCCAGGAAUUCCUAUGUGAGACUCAGGAACUUGUGCACAAACACUUGGGUGACCAGUACUAACAUUCCCAUUGAUGUUGAGGAGGAACGACCCGUUAUGCUCAAGAUCGGCACCUGCCGCAUGAAGGAGGACAAGGAGGCGUUCUCCAUUAAUUCUGUCCCCCUGUCAGAAGUCAGGGAUUUGGAUUUUGCCAAUGAUGCCAACAAGGUCUUGGAGAUGUUUGUGCGUAUUUUGGGGAUCAGCAAUUUCGCAGUAGCAAAUGAACGCAGGUUUACUAUUAAGCUUUUGGAGGAUUUGAUCUUCUUUGUGUGCGAUGUGCCGAACAACGGACAGGACGUGCUGUCUGUGGUCAUCUCGAACCCCAACAGAGAGAGGCAGAAACUCAUGAGAGAGCAGAACAUCCUGGCACAGAUCUUUGGAAUUCUUAAAGCCCCAUUUUCUGAGGUUAAAGACUCGUCCAUGCCGAAGCUGGAAGAUAUGGGGGAGCAGCGCAAUGCUCCAUUUAAGUACAUGCUACAACUGUGUUACAGAAUUCUGCGCCAUUCCCAACAAGAUUACCGCAAGAAUCAGGAGUACAUAGCCAAGAAUUUUUCCAUCAUGCAGGCUCAAAUCGGCUAUGAGAUCCUGGCCGAAGAUACAAUCACUGCUCUCCUGCACAACAACCGCAAACUGUUAGAGAAACACAUCACUGCACGUGAGAUUGAGACCUUUGUCAAACUUCUGCGCAGGAACCGAGAGCCCAGGUUUCUGGAUUAUUUGUCUGACCUGUGUGUCUCCAACAAAACAGCCAUUCCUGUCACUCAGGAACUGAUUUGCAAAUUCAUGCUGAACCCCAUCAACGCAGACAUCCUCAUCCAGACCAAACUGAUCCCACACACAGAGACCUCUCUAGAGUCAUCUUUAAUCCAGGAGGAUGGUGAUGAUGAAGAGGUAUGGCUAUACUGGAUUGAUAACCACAAAGAGCCUCAUGGGAAGUCCAUCCGCCACCUGGCUCAGGAUGCCAAGGAUGGACAAAAAUUAGACGUUGACAUCAUCACCUACUACAGGUGUCAGCUCAAUCUUUUUGCUAAAAUGUGCCUGGAUCGGCAGUAUCUGGCCAUCAAUCAGAUUUCCAAUCAGCUGCCUGUAGAUCUAAUCCUCCGCUGCAUGUUUGAUGACUGCCUGCCUUACAACCUGCGUGCCUCAUUUUGUCGUCUAAUGCUGCACAUGCAUGUGGACCGCGACCCGCAGGAGGCCGUGGUUCCUGUUCGCUAUGCGCGCCUCUGGACUGAGAUACCCUCCAAGAUCUCUGUCAAUGAGUAUGACUAUGAGUUCAGAGACACAUCCAGAGAGGACAUGAAGAGAAAGUUUGCCCCUACUAUGCAUUUUGUGGAUGAAUAUCUCAAAGAUGUGGUCAGUCAGCCUGAUCCCUUUGGAGACAGAGAGAAGAAUGAAUUGACCCUUGAGGUGGUCCACCUGGCACGUAACCUGGUCUACUUUGGCUUCUACAGUUUUAAUGAGCUGCUGUGCCUCACACGAACCCUGCUGGCCAUCCUGGACAUUGUCCAACCCACUUCCACAUUUAUGUUCAAACUCAACAAGAGCCCUGAGGGAGGUAAUAAUGUCAUGCGUACCAUCCAUGGUGUGGGUGAGAUGGUGACUCAGAUGGUUCUGAGCAGAGGCUUGAUGAUGCCCCACUGUCUCCCUGAUGCUCAGCCAAUCCACGGAAAGCAAAUCUGUCUCCCUGACAACGAGAACGUCAUGGUGAUGGACACCAAGCUCAGGAUUAUUGAGAUUCUGCAGUUCAUUCUGAAUGUGCGUCUCGAUUACCGCAUCACCUAUCUGCUGUCUAUCUAUAAAAAAGAGUUUGGUGACCAGACUUUGGACACUUCUGCUUCAGUGGCAGAAGUUCCUGUCAUGGCUGAGCCAAACAUUGAGGAGAUUGCGGAGAAAGCAGAGAAUAUGUUUUCAGGGAGUGCUAAGGAGAGGAACUCGGUGGACCUCGAUGAUGAAGGCGGUCAGACGUUUCUGCGGGUGCUUAUUCACCUCAUCAUGCAGGACUACCCUCCGCUGGUCUCCGGCUCUCUUCAGCUCAUCUUCAAACACUUCAGCCAGAGAGCCGAAGUUCUGCAGGCCUUCAAACAGGUCCAGUUGCUGGUUUCUGAGGAGGAUGUGGAGAAUUAUAAGAAGAUUAAGGCAAGUCUGGACCAGCUGCGGCUGACAGUGGAGAAGUCUGAGCUCUGGGUUGAGAAGAGUGGAGGUUACAGCAGUGAAGACAUUGCUGAGAAUCAAAACAAAGAGCAGAAUUUGGAGGAAGCAGGUAUCUUGAGCCCAGUGCAGGAUGGGAACAGUAAACCUCAAAUAGACAGCAACAAAGCCAACAACUACAAAAUCGUCAAAGAGAUCCUGCUGAGUCUCAGUAAACUCUGCUCUCCUGGUAAGAAGAUUCGUGUGCAGCAGCAGAGGUUGUUGAAGAACAUGGGAGCUCACACUGUGGUGCUAGACCUCCUCCAGAUCCCAUAUGAGAAGGGGGACGAAAAGAUGGACGAGAUCAUGUCUCUAGCCCACACUUUCCUUCAGUAUUUCUGCAGAGAUAAUCCUCAGAACCAGGCGCUGCUGCACAAACACCUCAACCUCUUCCUCACCCCUGGGCUUCUGGAGGCAAAAACCAUGUGCUACAUCUUUAGGAACAACUACCACCUGUGCAAUGAGAUCAGCGACCGCGUGGUGCAUCAUUUCGUGCACUGCAUUGAGACCCACGGCCGUCACGUGCAGUACCUGCGCUUCCUCCAAACCAUUGUGAAAGCCGAUGGCAAAUAUGUGAAGGAAUGUCAAUGCAAAGUCAUGAAUGAGCUGGUGAAUGGAGGAGAAGACGUGUUGGUUUUCUACAAUGACCGUGCCUCUUUCCCGGUGCUGCAAAAUAUGAUGUCGUCUCCGAGGGAGGAGAAUGAUGCUCUAGCGUACCACAUCACCCUAGUGGAGCUGCUGGCAGCCUGCACCGAGGGCAAGAACGUUGAUACAGAGCUCAAGUGCAACUCACUUCUGCCGCUUGAUGACAUUGUCAAAGUGGUCACGUACGACGGCUGCAUUCCAGAGGUAAAAAUUGCAUAUGUAAAUUUCGUGAACCAUUGCUAUGUGGACACUGAGGUGGAGAUGAAGGAGAUCUACACCAGCAAUCACAUUUGGAAACUCUUUGAAAAUUUCCUUGUAGACAUGGCAAGGGUGUCUAACGGCCCCACAGACAGGAAGCAUGCUGAUACAUGCCUCGAAAAAUACGUCACUGAUACCAUCAUGGCCAUCGUCAAGGGCUUCUUCGGCUCGCAGUUCUCUGUCAGCAACUCGAACCUGCAGGCCCAUCAAGCAACUUUCAUUAAACUGCUGCAGUCAGCCUGCAGACUCUACAACUGCACCUGGCUCAACUCCCUGCAGAAGACUAACAUUGAGGGUUGCAUCAAAACCCUUGCUGACGUGGCUAAGAGCCGGGCAAUCCCCAUUCCAGUGGACCUGGACGGUCAGGUCAAUACCCUUUCACUAAAGACACACACCAGCAUGGUGCAGCGCGCAGUGAAAGACUGGAAGCUGUCAACCCGCGGCCGACCCCGUAAGGAGCCUUUUGGGGCCCAUGAUUACAGGAUCAUUGAGAAACUACAGGGAGUCAUUGUGUAUCUGGAGGAGCAGUUUAGUCCGCAGGUGCAUGCAGAGUUUUCUGUAUUAGUAGACGUGCUGCAAAGCCCAGAGAUGCUGUUUCCUGAGUCUGCGCAGCUCCGCAGUGAGGAUGGAGCCUUCAUGUCUAACCGGGCAAUCCCCAUUCCAGUGGACCUGGACGGUCAGGUCAAUACCCUUUCACUAAAGACACACACCAGCAUGGUGCAGCGCGCAGUGAAAGACUGGAAGCUGUCAACCCGCGGCCGACCCCGUAAGGAGCCUUUUGGGGCCCAUGAUUACAGGAUCAUUGAGAAACUACAGGGAGUCAUUGUGUAUCUGGAGGAGCAGUUUAGUCCGCAGGGAGUCAUUGUGUAUCUGGAGGAGCAGUUUAGUCCGCAGGUGCAUGCAGAGUUUUCUGUAUUAGUAGACGUGCUGCAAAGCCCAGAGAUGCUGUUUCCUGAGUCUGCGCAGCUCCGCAGUGAGGAUGGAGCCUUCAUGUCUAAGCUCAUCAAACACACCAAGAAACUGAUGGAGAAAGAGGAGAAGCUGUGUAUUAAGAUCCUGCAGACCCUGCGAGAGAUGCUGGAUAGGAAAGAAAUAUUCGAGGAAAAGGGUAACACACUGAGGAAGAGUCUCCUUACACACUACUUUGGCAGCCAUCGGCCCCACGCCAUAGCCCUGGAGUACAGUGGCGGGAACAGCUCUUCCUCUGGAGGUGGUUCUCCAGGACAGGACUCUGAUAAGCCAGGCACUAGCGUAGUAGACAUCCAAUGUGCUCUGGACAACGUUGGAGCAUCCGAGCUGGUCAUCGACCUCAUCGUCAGCACUAAGAACGACCGUAUCUUUGAGGAGAGCAUUUUACUGGGCAUUGCACUCCUGAGAGGAGGAAAUACACAGAUUCAGAACUCUUUCUACAAUCAGCUGCACAAGCAGAAGAAGUCUGAGAAGUUCUUCAAGGUCUUCUAUGAUCGAAUGGAGCUGGCGCAGAAAGAGAUCCGCUCCAGUGUGUCAGUCAACAUGUUUGAGCUCAGCUGCAGGAAGAGAGAGGAGGAGGGCGAGGGCUCUGGAAUCAGACAUAAAAAAGUUCGAGACUCCUUGCACCUCAGAGAAGACAUUCGGGGUCAGCUUAAAGACGCCUCCUCGGUCACCUCCAAAGCCUACAGCACCUUUCGCCGGGACAUGGACCCCGAGAUGGAGCCGAUGGGAUCGGGAGUGGAUGGGAUGGAGGAGGUGGUGGAGGAGACCCAGAUGAGCCAGGCCAUCACCAUCAUGAAACCCAUCUUACGUUUCCUUCAACUGCUCUGUGAGAAUCAUAACAGGGACUUGCAGAACUUUCUGCGAGAUCAGAACAACAAAACCAAUUAUAACCUGGUGUGUGAGACGCUGCAGUUUCUUGACUGUAUCUGUGGCAGUACGACAGGAGGACUGGGGCUGCUGGGGCUCUACAUUAAUGAGAGGAAUGUGGACCUGGUCAAACAGACACUAGAGACCAUCACAGAGUACUGCCAGGGUCCUUGCCACGAAAACCAGUCAUGCAUAGCCAGGCAUGAGUCAAACGGCAUUGACAUCAUCAUCGCUCUCAUUGUGAAUCCAAUUGAUCCGCUGGGGAAGAACCGACUUGACCUUGUGCUGGAGCUGAAGAACAAUGCAUCUGAACUACUUCUGGCCAUCAUGGAAAGUCGUCAUGAUAGUGAGAAUGCAGAGAAGAUCCUGUACAAGAUGAGACCCAAUGAACUGAUUGACGUGAUCAAGGAGGCUUACGUUCAAGGAGAAGAGAGUGAGAUUGAUCAAGAGACAUUAGAUCAGACCAGACCUAAAGAUGUUGGCCAUAACAUCUACAUCCUGGCCCAUCAGUUGGCACGCCACAGAAAAAACCUCCAGCAGAGUUUGAAACCUGGCCCAGAUCCUACCAUCGAAGGAGAAGCAGCGCUCCUAUACUAUGCCAACCACACUGCUCAGAUAGAGAUCGUCCGCCAUGACCGCACGAUGGAGCAGAUCGUGUUUCCUGUGCCUAACAUCUGCGAGUACUUAACAGAAGAAUCAAAAGUGCGCGUGUUCACUACAACAGAGCGAGACGACCAGGGCAGCAAGGUCAACGACUUCUUCCAGCAGUUUGAUGACCUCUACAUUGAGAUGAGGUGGCAGAAGAAAAUAAGAAAUAAUGCACCACUUUUCUGGGUGUCAAAACAUAUAUCUCUAUGGGGUAGUAUCUCCUUUAACUUGGCUGUGCUAAUCAACUUGGCUGUCGCUCUUUUCUACCCGUUUGGAGAUGAUGGAGAUGAAGGUGUCUUGCCACCAUUCUUGUCCAUCUUGCUUUGGGUGGCAGUGGUUGUGAGCACCUUCACGUUGUUUGUUCUUCCCCCGCGUGGAGGUAUCCUGGCGUUCCUGGUCACCGUCAUGUUCCGUUCUAUUUACACGCUGGGCUUAGGACCCACACUGCUGCUUCUGGGGGCCGCCAACCUGCUGAAUAAAAUCGUGUUCCUGGUUAGUUUUGUGGGGAACCAAGGCACGUUCACACGAGGGUACAAAGCAGUUAUCAUGGACGUCUUCUUCCUUCUGCAUGUCAGUUAUGUCAUCGUUUGCAUGCUGGGCCUGUUCGUACACGAGUUCUUCUACAGUAUUCUGUUGUUUGAUCUUGUGCGAAGAGAGGAAACGCUUCUAAACGUGAUGAGGAGCGUGACGAAGAACGGCCGCUCCAUCUUCUUCACAGCUGUUCUGGCUAUCAUCCUGGUCUACCUCUUCUCCAUUGUGGGCUUCCUCUUCUUUAAAGAUGACUUCCUCAUGGAAGUCGACCGCCUCCCUGCUUUAAAGAAGAUGAAUGUGAAGGAGUCUAUGAACUGCCUGAGUGAGACCUGUUCUAACUCCCCUUUUAGUUCUCACCACGUGGAAGAAGAGGAUGAAGAUGGUACAGAGCGCGUUUGUGACACCCUGCUGAUGUGCAUCAUUACGGUUCUGAACCACGGCCUGAGGAACGGAGGAGGAAUCGCAGAUGUUCUGCGCAAGCUCUCCAAAGAGGAGCCCAUGUUCCCGGCACGUGUCGUGUAUGACCUCUUGUUCUUCUUCAUUGUCAUCAUCAUUGUGUUGAACCUCAUCUUUGGUGUGAUCAUUGACACUUUCGCUGACCUGAGGAGUGAGAAACAGAGAAAGGAAGAAAUUCUGAAGACGACCUGCUUCAUUUGUGGCCUUGAGAGAGACAAGUUUGAUAACAAGACCGUGUCGUUUGAGGAGCACAUCAAGUCAGAGCACAACAUGUGGCACUAUUUGUACUUCCUAGUCUUGGUGAAGGUGAAGGACCCCACCGAGUACACGGGACCCGAGAGCUACGUAGCCCAAAUGAUUAAGGAGAAGAAUCUGGACUGGUUUCCACGGAUGAGGGCCAUGUCUUUGGUAAGCUCUGAGGGAGAGAGCGAACAGAACGAGAUCAGAUCGCUGCAGGAGAGGCUGGACACCACCGUCGGUCUCGUGGCUCAGCUGUCUUCCCAGCUGUCUGAGCUUAAAGAGCAGAUGACAGAGCAAAGGAAGAAUAAACAGAGACUAGGCUUCCUGGGACCAUCACAGAUGAACCAUCAAAUCCCCCCUGCACACUGAGGACGACUCAUCGCACUUCUCCACACACACUCACACACAGAUGCUGAUGUUCACACCAUGAACAACACUACACUCAUGGUGAUACCACACUUUACACCAUGACAUGACAGUUGUCCAGUUAGAUCCUACAGUCUUGAGCGUCGUUUUGUAAGUGUUUUCUCGUUUAGAUCUUAUAGACGGAGGACGUUUGGAAAUAUACAGAGUGUGUUUGUUUGGAAAAUCAUGAACCCUGUGCGUAUGAGGGCUCACAUCAGAUGACUCAAACAGUCUUUGGAAGGGCUGUCUGAAAUUUUUUUUUUUAUUUUUUUUUUUUAAGCGUCAAGUAUUAACUCCCUAACAUUUUAAUUGUCCUGUCCAUAACUGGAGUAUUGCUGUAAUUCAAUGUGGACUUUAGUCUGUGCUGGAAUAACUGGAAAGAUAAAGUGCCUUCAAACAAUUUAAUAGUUUUUUAUUAUUCAAAUUCACAAUUACUUUAAUGAAAGAUAUAAGACUUGGAAAUAUUAUCAUCUCAUAAUCAGACAAUCAUGUGACUGUUGGAAUCUGUUUGUGUCACCUUCUACAAAGACCUAAACGCUAGUCUUAACUCUUAAAUGAUGAUCAUUUUUAUUGUGUAUUUUAUGUUGGAGAUGUGUCUAGCAUAUUUGUGUUUGCCUUAUAUAAAGU